ACCUCCAGAAAAGGGGACGUCAGUUCUCUGAAGGACACAUUCCUGGAAUGUCCUGUGUGUGUGGAACAUUUCAACCAGACAGACCGACGCCCUCGUCUUCUCCAUUCUUGCCUCCAUGCCUUCUGCACACAGUGUCUUCAACAGCUUCUCGACAAGGAGGGCAACGGUGAAAUCACAUGUCCAUUGUGUCGGCGUAUUGAGAAGGUUUCUGGCACUGCUCAGAUGAUAGCCAUUGAUCCAGUGAGAGACCAGCUCGUUGAAUAUUUGCACAUUCAAAAGAAAAAACAGGUUUUGUGCAAAGAUUGCCCAGAUGGAAAUCAUGCUCGGUCAAGAUGUUUUGAAUGUGGGGGAAAUCUUUGCCUCGAUUGCGAAAAUGCACAUAGAAGAAACAGGAGCACAAGAGGUCAUGAGAUAAAGUUGUUGGGUGAGUUACAGGCUGCAUCCUGUGAAUCAUUGAAGGUGCGAACAUUUUGUUGUAAUCAUCAAGAUCACUUUAUUGAAUGCUUCUGUUCAACAUGCGAGGCGUUGUGCUGUGUGAUGUGCGCCAUCAUAGACCAUAAGGGACAUGAAUUUCAGAAACUAGAUGAUGCAGCAGCAACCAUAAUUAAAAAAAUUGAAGGUUCAAUGAACGAAGUACAAGACAUUUUCAAAAGCCUAAGCAAUGCUAAGUCAGAAAGUGGUGAGUACGUCACAGUUGUGCAACGGGAUAAGGAGAGGUCAAUAUCUGAAAUUAAUCAGAAAUUUGACGCAAUAUCAAAACGUCUGAAACAUCGCAAAGAAACUCUAAUGGGGAGCAUAGAAGAUCAAAGUGAGAGGCUUAUCGCUGCUGCCAAUACAAAUGGAGCUGCAUUUGAUGAAGGGUUGGCAGAAAUUGAAUCAACGAUGACUUACUUCUCAAAUGUAAAGACAAAGGCCGACAACGUUAAUAUUCUACAGAUACAGUCUUCAUUGAGGAAGAAAAUUGAUCACCUUACGCAUAGAUAUGGGGGUAAAGAAAUACCGAAGAACACAGAAAGAUGCCACUUUGAAGCUCAACAUGAGGAAAACAUUCAUCAGGGAAUUGAUGCAUUUGGCGUUGUAAGGAGUAGAGGAGCAGAAGGCCUGAGAAUGACUGAACCUGAACGAUCAGCUGUCAAAAAGAAAGCACUUGGCGUGGCGUGCAAAGCAAACAAUCAUAUUAUUCAGGAGGACACACUUAAACUAUGGUCCCUAGAUGAGAUCAAUGAUCUCAAAAAGAUUGAACAGGAGUGUGGUGUUUCUAUAACUGCAAACAAAACCUUAGGAAGUAUCAAUCUGCACGGGUUAAAGCAUAAUCUUUCGAAUGCAAAUGGAAAGGUUUACGAGAUGAUUCGAGAGUUAGACGAACUACAAAGAGUUGUGCAGUGGUCAUUUGUAGAGCUUACAGAAGAUGGAGAAGACAAAGUUGUUGACUACGAUAAGAAAGUUAAUGUAAUGUUGGAAAGAGCAUACACCAAACAACAAAAGACGAAGUUGGUGUAUGAGGGAUAUACCUAUGAUUUCACCAAAUGGGUAGAGUAUCCUACAGAGGAUGCAUGUGACACAGUGACAAUGAUUCGUCGGGAUAAAGUUUCAGGUGAGCUAUUGCUUGGUUAUUGUUUUUGUCAUAAAGUUCAUAAAGCGCUUUUAUAUGGAUUUGUCACGUGUACUUGUGAUUUAUUCUGAUUG